GUACUUUUAAUUGACUAAAACGUAAAUAUUUCACCCACCACUGAACAAAGCAACCCCAGUCGUCCCUUGUAGCUGUAAUGACAGGAUUCUGAUCUGAAAACUUCCUGUGAAGGAGGCAGUGCUGUCUCUCCUGCAGAGACACCGCCUGGCUGUUGUUGUUUACGGUCAGACUGAUGGAAAGUAGGUCAUGGGAAAAUGAAGCGUAGCUAGCCUCUCGUUUAACUGUGUGCAUUAACUAUCAAGGACCAACGUCUGCGUGGUGUUGUCAGUGCUUUUCCGUGAAUGCUGCUCGUGAACAGCAGGCAGCAGCUGGACUGAAACCUGAACUGACGGUCAGGCUCUAGUACUGGUGAGACUUUGUUUCUGCCAUGUCCAGGCGAAGCAGGAAUAGUCGUGCAUGGCGAUAUGUUUGGGGUGGGAUACGGCGUGACGCUGAUGCCCGGGCACUGCUGAUGGCCUCUGAAAGUGAAGAAUGGAGGUAUGACCACAUAGAGUACAGCGAUUCAGACUCUGAAGCAGACUUUUCAGCAGUGAUGGUUCCUCCUGUCCCCAGUGCAGUGCCCGUCACCGGAGAGUCCUACUGUGGCUGCGAUUCCCAGGCUGAGACUAACUACAACCCUCGUCUGCGAGGUUUUCACCAAGUUAAAGACUGCCACUGUGGAGAGGACGACCAAGAGUUUGACUGGGUUUGGGAUGUCAACAGCCGAUCCACAGCAACGUUACUGAGCUGCGACAAUCGCAAAGUGAACUUCCACUCUGAAUACAGCUGUGGGACAGCAGCCAUCCGUGGCUCCAAGGAGCUGGCUGAAGGGCAGCACUUCUGGGAGAUCAAGAUGACAUCCCCAGUGUAUGGAACUGACAUGAUGGUGGGCAUCGGAACUUCUGAUGUCAAUUUAGACAAAUACAGGCACACGUUCUGCAGCCUGUUGGGAAAAGAUACAGACAGCUGGGGUCUUUCGUACACUGGCUUGUUGCAUCAUAAAGGCGACAAGAUGAACUUCUCCUCCCGGUUCGGACAGGGGUCCAUCAUUGGAGUCCACCUGGACACGUGGCACGGCACACUCACUUUCUUCAAGAACCGCAAGUGUAUAGGUGUUGCUGCCACAGAGCUACAAAACAAGAGGUUUUAUCCGAUGGCAUGCUCCACAGCAGCAAAGAGCAGCAUGAAGGUGAUCAGAUCCUGCUCUGCGCCCACCUCCCUGCUCUACCUUUGCUGCGCUCGCCUUCGGCAGCUGCUGCCUGACUGUAUAGACACCCUGGAUGUGUUGCCACUGCCACCAGGCCUACGUCACUUGCUCCACAACAAACUGGGUUGGGUGCUCAGCCUCAAUAGUGGCGCCACGGAAGAAACCCCAGAUGGGCUUGAGCGCCCCUCGUGCUUGCCUGCCCCCGCGCUGGCUGGACCGUCCUCCUCUGAGAGUGACUCAGAGGGUUGUACGUCUGACCCAGAAGCCUGUCAGAGGAAGAGAUGUCGCUGGACAUGACUGGACGGCUCGAUUCCUACCUCCUCCAAAACACUGGUGGAUGUUUAUUGUCCUAUAGCAUCUAAUCUAGUGUUUCCUGCCUGCCUCAAGCUUUCCUCAACAUCACUGUUGUCCAGGAGUGAAGUAAAUCAGCAGGGUCGGAGUGGUACGUAGGUGGAAAACUGCCCUGGCGGUAUUCCUGCCUGCACGUUUUUACUGUGAUCUUCUCUCAUGCCAUUCAGACGUCUUCAUGCUCAUCAGUAUCCAAACCAGCUUCAGUGAAAAGAUGUUAUUUUGUUAGUUAGCAUAACUCUUUGCCAGGCGUGUAUGGGGAUUAGUGAAAUGGUGCAGGAAUAGACUGUACAGUGCAAAACUGAAGUCAAGGGUGGUAUAUUCGGGGAAAGGGUGGGGUUUCAAAAAUGAGAGACAGUAUAUUUUUUGUUUUCAUCUAGUAUGCAAAUAAUGUUUAUUGUUCUCAGCCUAAAUGCUAUCAAUGCAUUGUCAAAGUAAUCUCCUACCUGUUGUACUGGCAUCUGCAAUUUCCUGUUAGGUCGCCAAUUUGAGAGUCAGUGGGUUGCUGUCCCCCGUGAGUGGAACAGACAGGAAGUGACAUUUCUUAUCCGCAAGUUACAGCUCGAAAAACAAAAACUUCAACCGACAAAAAUGAUCAGAUGGUUAAAAAACUUGUGUGUUAGAGUGGGUGGAAAGAACCUGAAUGUCCUUUGCAGCUUUUAGUUGUCCAAAAAUUAAAAUAUUCCUUUUAGUCUUUUGUAGAACAAACAUCAUCUCCAAACAAUACACAUGAUUCCUCAUCAGAUCAUUCUUCUUGAGAGACUUGAGAAAAAAAGUUGAACGUUUGUUACGUUUACAGCAAGAAUUGCCUGUUGAAACUAAGUAUACAUUUUCAUUUAUUAUUGACACAUUUUAAGUGACGUUUCAUCGCUGUAACACCUUAUCUUUAGAGAUUUUUAAAAAGUUAGUUGCUUCGACAAAACAUGAAAUUAUGAGCAGUUUUAAUGUUGAACUUUUUAUGCAAGGGUGAUCUUUUGAUUUUCCCAAGGACUCUAUUGUAAUUCAUUAAGGUCGCAGCACUCUAUUCUAAAUCCUUUUAGUAUCAAACACUGGGCUCCUGUUGGUCUAAAAGGUUGUAAAAAAAUUCCUUAUUUUUCCAUUAAAGAUAGGGUCUGCGAUUCUGAUCCAAUACACGUCUUUUUGUCAAAUUCAGCGGAAAUCUCCUCACCCACCGCUAGCUGUCAGUUCUGUGUGUGUGCUGAAAAAAAUAUGUUUGAACACGGCCCUGGCUCUGCAAACGGGAAACAAAGUGGCUCAGAUGGAGCCACACAACAAUAUUCCAACCAUUCCAGCCGUGAUUUGUGUGUCAGUGGACGUUAAUUGACUUGCCCACGGACAUUCAGCUCACUUACCAGUUUGCCAAGACAUGCUGCUGCUGCGAUGUUAGCUGUUGUAGCAGGAGGACAGUUGUGUGGAUCGCUGGCUCUGGGACCGUCCCGUCCUCUCUGCAUGUUCACUUCGCAGCAGCAACUGUAGCGAAAGUUUGCUAACCCACAACUUAGCUAACAUUAGAUUCAUUACUUGCUGUGUCAUUGUUUGGUAUUUGUCAUGGUAUUGGGUUUUUCCAUUCGCAUGUCGCACCUUUUUUUUAAAGGAGAAAACCGGCUGUGGUCGGUUUACUUGUUGUAAUACUGUCUGGUGACUAUCACAAUUGUGACUGAAGCUGUGGAUUUAGCCAUAUUUUAUCAUGAUUGACAACAUAUUGGGCACAUGACAGCACAGUAGAGAGGUGGAUUAUGUUGCUGGAGUGGUUUGCAACGUUUGUUUGGAUGUUUUGAUACUUAUUUGAUUUUUAUUUUAUUUUUUUCCCCUCCAGGAAAUUCACAAAAUACAAACAUUUUACAUACACCUUUCAAGCCUACAGGGGCUGAGUGAUGUCGAGAUCAAUUUAAAUGUUAAUUAAUCUAGAAUGACUGAAGAGGGGAACGUUACCCCUGGGUCAGAUAUGUAAAUAACUCUUAUUUUUAGUUCCUUAGGAGUAUCAAACCAUUACUUAAUUAUUAAAAUAGUGUUUGACCCAGGUGUUGAAGCUACACAGUAUGCCAACUGCUGCCUCAGCCACCAGUCUUUGAUCAUGUUGUUGGUUUAAGUAGACAUACACAGAGGCUUAAGGUACUAUGCAAUACCAGCAUUUUCAGCAGGUUUUCAGAAGGAAUGGGUGUUUUAGGAUGAGAUUAUGGAGUCGCAGACACAGCAACAGUGGUUAAGAUACCAGAGGACCAUGCUCAUUAGUUGUGUAACGCUUCACCAGAUUUAUCCCUAUAGAUUUAUUAAUGGAACUACCAAGGGGAUAGUUUUAGUCCAGCAAAUGUAUUUUUGUGUUAUUUCACAGUAUUUGUCUUCACGUUGAUGCAUCCGAACACUUUUUCUUACUGUUGUACUGUAAGUGUUUCUUCUAUACCAUGUCAUAAUAAUACUGUAUGUGAAGGCCUUUACUCGCCUUUUUCUCUAUAACUUAUCAGCAUGAUUUUCAGCUGAAAAUAAAAUGAAUGCUAAAUAAGGA